AUGGUGUAUUCCGAGGAAGAGAUACCCAAACUAUACAGAGUUCACAGGACAGUUUUACAAAUGUUAAGAGACAGAAACUACCUCGUCCUAGACUCCGAGGUAAAUAUGUCGAAACAAGAGUUCAAAGAAAAGUUUGACUUUGACCUCAAGAGAGGAGACCCCACUUAUCUCAAAAAUAGCAAAGACGAUCCUUCUGACCAAAUCUUUGUUUUCUUUGUCUGUGAUUCCAAACUCGGUAUCGACAUUGUUUCCAUUAUCCGUGACCGUAUGGAGCGAGAUAACAUCAAGAGAUCUAUCCUUGUUAGUCAAACUAGACUAUCUGUCCCUGCACAAGUGUAUAUUAGUGACUUGGCUUCCAAGCAUAGUAUUGAAGUCUUUCUGGAGGAUGAACUGCUGGUGAACAUAACAGAACACGAGCUUGUGCCGGAACAUCAGGUGCUCACCAAGGCUGAGAAGGAAAAUUUGCUCGAGACAUACACUGUCAAAGAAACUCAGCUACCUAGAAUGCUCGUGACGGAUCCUGUUGCGAGAUAUUAUGGACUCAAGCGUGGACAAGUUGUUCGGAUAAUCCGGCCAAGCGAAACUGCAGGCACAUAUGUUACAUACCGAAUCGUUGUAUAA